ACCUCAGCAAAACAAGCAUCCAAGCUGAGGCAGUAACUGUAGACCGGCCCGAAUAACGUCUUCAAGCUCAACCCUAUCCAGGCGAUGGCCAAGCUAUCCGACUUACCCCCCGAACUCGUUCACAGGAUAAUCGACCACAUCCUCCCUCCGCUUCCGUCACAAUUGGUCAACGAAAACCAGUAUGCACAUCGAGACCUUGACCACAACGGGAUCAGAGGCAUCCAUCCCAGACCAAGACCACAUGUUCUUGAAUCCAAAGGAAACUACGGUACCGCUCGCGAGUUUACGAUCAACACUCCCGUCGACCGAAUCAACCAUAAUGCACCAGAUGUUCCCGAAGUUUCAUGGCCAGAGGCUUUGCCAACCAAUCCGAUCUUACCACUCGCCUUGGUUAAUCAUACCUUCCGACGAUGUGCUCAAGAAACUCUCUUCAAGGACGUCGCUUUAUCAAGCCAGUGGCAGGCGCACUUAUUUCAUCAAGCGCUUAUUUACCCAGCCACAGAAGAUACUUCAGGACACAUAAACCCCACAAUCGAUGCCGAUUCCUCCCGAUCAUCUGGAAUCAGCCCCACUCGUCAGGGCCAACUAGCUACACAAGUUCGCUCAUUGCGGGUCAAGUGGAGCGGCUACUGUUCAAUGGGAAUUGGCGGCGGCGCUCUGCUCUGUGAGAUCAUCCGCAGUUGUCCUUUUCUGGAAAACUUCGCCAUCAGUACCGCAUUUCUGAUCAAGCGCUGCAGAGAACCGAUCCUGGAUGCCCUAGCAAGUCGACGGUACAUCAAAGAUUUUGUGGUCAUCCAGGACCACAGGUUAGGCCGCACAACUUUACAAUGGCUAGCUGACGAAUUGGUGGAUGAACUCUUCACCAAAUGGGAGUUUCUCGAAACGGUCGAGUUGGUGAGGCUCCACAGCCGGGAAGCCGAGAUUACCUCAGAUAUUGAUAAACCAAUACCAGUACUGAAUUGCGCUCUGCGAACGCUCAUUUUGAGCGACUUUGAUCUACACGAGAGAGAGCUCUCGAUGUUACUGAAAAGCUGCCAAAAAACUCUCCGAACACUCCAGAUUAGAGGACCGGGGAGAAGGCUUGACCGGCCGGGUUUAUGCCAAGUUCUCAAGGAGUGCACUAGUCCAGAUUUGGAAUCUCUGACGAUCGAGCUGGACAACUUGUGGCACCUUUUCUACUUGCGCUCAAAGAACGAUUCAUCGGAUAACCCAGACACGAACCGCGGCCUGCUAGACAUUGUUUUCAAGUCUUCUGCACUGAAUAAGCUCAAGUCCUUGUCACUCACCGGGGUAUUGACUGGCUCCGAGUUCUUUAACCUCUUGCCCCAAUCUAUUGUUAAGCUGACGUGGGCACGUAGUGGCACCCCGCCAGCUCCGUUCCUCAAAGCUCUCUCCAGCUGGAGAGAAAACGAAAAUCUUGCGGAUCCGUGUGGGCUACCUGGCCCUCAAUUUGAUUCUGCCGCUGGUGGCAGUGGGCGUGUACCAUGGUUACCUAAUUUGAAAUGUUGCUCUGUGCAAGUUGGUCAAAAUUGGCGAAGGCAAGACCGACAAGCAGUCCGAGAUGCAUUAGAAGCCCGAGGGGUAUGCUUUCACAUGGUCCAUACUCCAGGCUUUGACACAUGGGAUGAGCACUGGGACCGAAAAAAUUUGCAAGGGGCUGGACAAAUGGUAGAAGAUACAGAAGAUGAAGAUGAUAGUCCAGAAGAGGGGGAUAAUCAGCCACUGGGAGUAGGACUUGGACAAGGAGAGGAGGAGGAUGGGCUAGACGAGGACAAUGGUACAUUAGGAGGAGGCACAGACGAUGAAGACGAUGUGUUUGAUGAUGACUAGUAGACAGGCUGAUUGUACGACUACAAUCAAGUGUAAAACAGGACGGAUGCAGAUAUUCAAGACUCUUAUAAACCACCGUUUACAAAACAUUUUCUAUUCCACUGUCUUGCGUGUUCAAAGCUCACGAAAAGUCCAAAGGUGCAUCUGGUUUGCAGCUCAGUGAAAAUUGGUAACUGAGUCGACUGGGCAGCUUGUAGAGCAAGAACAAUGUACAUUAGACCGUUGGGUCCUGGAAGGU